UUUAAAUGUUUGAUUUGUAUUUGAGUGUAUAUAAACAAGUUUGGUAUCUGCAAAUGUCUAUAAUCAAAGCCAUACCAAAAGCAUUUCGUUAUUGGAGAACCGACGAUUUUUUUUCUGGUUUUAGUCCACAAAGGUGUGUCCAAAAAGUAUAAUAUGACUUUCUCACGCAUAUUGCUUUCUAGAAUAAGGAGUAUCAAUAUCUGAAUUAUUUUACUUAUGUUGCAAACAAACAGUCGUUGUUCUUCUUUUAUUGUUUAAUAUCAUGAUAUAACUAGUUUUGUUGAUAUGGGUGAAUUUUUGAAGCUUGAAUGCUAAUGAUCCAUGAGUCAUAUAUAAUGCAUUCAAGUAAAGAAUCUGAGAGUGUUUCAUCAGAAUAAUACAUAAUGCAUCGUAUGAUUUUGAAGUUACAUUCCUCACCUCGGUUCUCUCAUGAUUUUAAAAUCAAAUUUAACUUUUCUAUGUGAGGUAAUCACAACGAGCCUCAUUUUGUUUUGACUCCUCCCCUUUUUGACUUCCAUCUUUCAUACAGUUAAAAAAGUGUUUAGUACACUUAUCAUAUACUCCUCCUCAUAUAUCAAAAUCUUUAGUCUACAUACAGCCUCUCUAAUCAUUUUAAAGAUCUGAAAGACGUUUUUAAACUGUUUGUAUCUAUUGUAGUGAGGAAAGUAAAAAACAGUAGUUGACACACAAAAAAAGAGUUAAAAAAACACUCGCAGACAACUCAAAUUAUUGACACAUACGAGUUUUGCGGCGAUUUACAAGCUUUUUGUAUGCAUCAAACACCAUUUGGAAGUUAAACCACACAUGCUAUAUGCAAUAGUGCAAACAACUAACUACAAAGCGCUUUCCGUAAAAUUUCAUGUAACAAAGUUCAAUCCCAUCACUUAAUCACAUAUGUCUAUAAUUGCAGUAUAAAAAGAGUUAAAGAUGUUUAUCAACCAUACUGAGGCAUAAGAUUGAACCAGUCUACAUUCAUAUCUGAUCCGCUGAUUCACUUUGUUGUGCUUGAGGAGGACGAUGUGGAGGUGUCAAGAACACUGGUGGAUGAGUAUGGUGGAGGAGUCCAGAGACCAACAUGAGGAGUAUAGGUUGUAUAGAGACCUGGUUGAGGACUCCAGAGCCCUGCUGGAAGAGUCCCGGUUGGGCUGAGAUCUUGAGCUGGGACAAAUUCCAUCAAGCGACCCGUAUAAUACUCAAUUGAACCAGGGGGAAAUUCGUGGAAAGGGAGAGUUGGAAUUGUCGCUGGAGAAGGUGGGGGAGAGAGCGAUGGGGAUGGAGGUGGUGAGGGUGUAAGAAUCCGGUAUAAGGAUGGGGAUUUAGCCGGUGCACACCUGCGGAUAACAACAUCGGGAGAUCCAUAGAUCUCCAUGUCACCUGAGAUGAAAAUAAGAGAUUCAGAUCUCUCAUUUAGAUUUCAAAAUGAUAAAAUUAGAAACAAGAGUUACCUUCUGAGUCGAUGCAAAGGGAUAUUUUAACUUUAUAGGACUUUGAAAUUUUAUUAAUUUGUAGCGACCAUAUAUUUACAUAUUCUUAUGCACACAUUCGAUUUAGUUUUUUCAUGCCAGCAAUCAAUGAAUCGAAGAACUAUUGAAACCCAACACUAGGUGAUCAAUAUCAAACACAAACUUAUUGCUUUAGAAAUUUUCUCAAAACUAAAGCUUUCUCAUAAAUCUCUUUAAGUUAUACCACAUCAUGGUAUCUCCUUAUGUAUAACUCAUAUUUUCGUAAACUCAUUAGGAAACAUAUAUUUCCUUUUCUUGAUCCUAAACUCAUUAGGAAAGCUUACAAUCUAAGUUAACUUCAAGCUUAAGUCAACAAGAACAAGUUUGUUUCUCUCAAUUUCUAGGGUUAUAUUUUUUUAGGUUUCUUCUGUCGAAAGUAUCUAAUUAUAUAAUUACAAAAACUGCCAUUGCCAUUUAAUCAAGUCUGUUUACAAUAUUAUUAAACCAAUGAAAUUAUACAAGUUAUAUACUAAACCAGAAAUUUGAGAUGUAUUUCUUGGCUUCUUCAAAAUCAGAUCUUAUCUUUCCAAAAAUCAGUUCACUACUUUUAUAUAUCAAACUGGGCUAAACCCGCCCUACGGGCGGGUAUGCAAAUGAAAAAUAGUUAAAAAUUUAUUAAUUUGUAAAAUAUUUUUUAUUUUAAACUGAAAGUAGAUUGACUAUUUUGUUAUUCUUGUUGAAAAUAUAAGAUUGAUUAACAUUUUUUUCAUGAUCUAUUCUACUUUAUCAGUUAGUAAAAUAUAUUAAAUUACUCCAAAUUGUAGUUGAAAUUCAACAUAAAAAUUAUGAAAUUUCUACCUCUUAUACUCUGUUUUCAAAUCAAAUGAGCGUUUUAGUUCCCGUUAUAAAUUUUCUUUUAAACAUAAUAAUUCAGAUAAUAUGAAAAAUAAAAUAAUCCAUUAACUAUUGAAAAUUAUUUAGAUUGUAUAAAAUUAUAAUACGAAUCGUUACUCUUUAAAAGUAUACAUAUUUAUUUGAAAUAAUUAUCAAAUAAACAUUAUCCAAACUGAUUAGGUCUUUUAUAAAUAUUAUUGUUUAGUUUUUAGAUUAAAAUUAGUGAUUGUUGUCUCAGCUAGAAAUACUACCAUAAGCCAAGUGCGGUUCUCCGGUUAAAACUGCUGCUAAUGCCUAAUGGGGAUGAACUAAACCGCUGCCAAGUUGGUUCUUCUAGCUAAAACUGCUACUACUAGGUGGAAUCAACACCACCAGUCACAGACCUUAACGCAACGAAGAGGGCUCUCAUAUUAUAUAGUUUUAAAUGUUUGAUUUGUAUAUUUGAAUAUAAUAAACAAGUUUGGUAUCUGCAUAGAUCUAUAAUCAAAACCAUACCAAAAGCAUUUCGUUAUCGGAGAAACGACGAUUAUUUCUUUGGUUUUAGUCCACAAAGGUGUGUCCAGAAAGUAUAAUAUGACUUUUCUAGAAUAAGGAGGAUACAAAGUAGUAAUAUUUGAAUUCUUGAAUAACAAAAUAGAAUAUUUACACUACUUUUCUAAAAAUAUGAAUAGAGUACUUUUUAGCGACAUGCAACAGAAUUGUAAUGAAUUGAAUUUUGAAAAUUUGAAAUUUUGAAUGUUUUCUAUUGGAAGUUGUUGCAGCAGAAUCUGUCCAAAAACAAUUAAAAUUAAUCAUAGUUUUAAUAUUAGAUAUAAAUUAAAAUUUGUUUUUAGUUACUAAUAAAAUUCCUACAUAAUCAUAUAGUUUUUUUCAUAAUCAUAUAGUUAGUUAUAGUUAUGGGUUGUAUCAUAUAGUUUAGUUUAGUUUAGUUUAGGUAUACAAGUUAGAAUUAUCGUGCAAACUUUGCCCUCCUCAACAUAAUCCAUCAGAAGCAUAAACAUAAGUUUAAUUAGAUAGGCCUCCUCCAUUAUGAGUACUUUAAUAUAUAAUAAUCGUCAACUUCUUCUACACGUCUUCGAAAUUAUGAUGAAUGUGUAAUGAAUGUAUCACUUAUCUCCCAAGAACUCAAGAAUGGUGACAACGUGGCAAAAAUCUAUACAACUGUCACCUCACUAUUGGCUGAAAACCAAACACAAAAUCAAAUGCUUUGGACCCGUAUCUAGUCAACGUUGGAAGAAGUCGUGCACAACGUCGUGUUGACAAGUCUGGAAACAAGCUUGCUUCCAAAUCUAUCAUACUUUCAUCUUUUUAUAUCUAAAGAUCUUCCUCAGAUCUUGAAACACAUUCUAAACAAAGCAAAACAAAACAAAAACACAAAGAUACGCUGCGCAAAAGACUUGGGAGAAUCAACUUUUUAUUGUGUCUAUGGGGAAGAAACAUGAUCUUAGCAUCAACUCUCUGAGUUAUCAUUCCACAGAAGACGAAGAAGAAAACAGCUGCAAAAACAGUCUCUUUUUCGGAUUGUUCGAUGAUUCUGAAUCCACGAGGCUAAGAAGUGGGAGCAUGAAGAGACAAUACAGCGACAUGGGAGAUAUCUACCACAGAGUUUAUGAAGAACGUCAUGAUGAUGUUAACUAUGGUGAUGGUGAUGAUGAAGGAUCCAAGGUGGACAUGAGAGUCUUGAUGUUGCUAGAGUAUAUGAGAGAGCUUUAUGUGGGGCAGCUUCAGGUUCUGAAGAAGAUGUUUCCAGGUGGAGCCAAAGACGAGUUUCUUGGUUUCUUUAACAAGAUCGGAGACGCUAUGUCUCAGUUUAAAAAAGAUUCUCGUCCUCUUACAAAGUCAAAGACUAUGCAAAGGAGUCUAAGUGUCAAUUUGGGCUCAACAGAGUUAAGAGAUAAGAGGUUUAAAGUUACCACGGUUGAAGCCGGAGGUGCUCCCGCCGGUGGAGCUGGUGGUGCUGCCGGUGGUGCUGGAACUAGCGGUGCUGCUGGAGGAGGUAAAGGUGGCUCGGCAGCUGGUCAAGGCCAGCCUAAGAAAUAGUCAGGGUUUGUGACAUGUGGACAUGGAUGAUCAAAUCAAAUGAUAUGUGUAUAUUUUGCAUUACACAAGACGUUAUUCUUUGCUAAAAGAAAUGAAAUGUAGUGCGUGUGAUUAUAUGUUUGUAUUAUGUUUUAGCAUACAUUGAAGUAUUAGAGUCAUGAUGAUCCAAAUAUAAGGCUAUGGAAGAAAAGAAAGAAGAUAAGACUAUGGACUUGUCAACUGAAGACAAAUCUUAGCUUGGAUCUAUCUUUCUUUGUUUGUUGUUUGAUUCUCAUAUUCUUUUAUAUGUUAUUUCAGUUAAAAAGAAAAAGCUUCGGCUU